AUGGACUCUGAAAGCAACCGUCUAUGGCGUUUCCACAAGCCCGAAUGGCUUAACAACUCCACCGUGCGCAACGCGGGCGUCUACACAUCAGGCGCUCUGUUUUCCCUUGGCUUCUUCUUCCUCAUCGACGCCGCAGCCUUUUCGCACAGCCCGCGCAACGGCUCCCUAGUCCACGUCAAGUUCACAGACUGGAUUCCCGGCAUCUGCUCGGCGCUCGGAAUGCUUGUCAUUAACUCGAUCGAGAAGUCGCGGCUACAGGCCGACAGCUUCAGCUAUAGCGGAAACGGCGUUGCAUGGAAGGCGCGUUUUGUGCUGUUUCUUGGGUUUGCGUUGCUCGCUGGGGGUUUGGCGGGGAGUGUGACGGUCAUGGUUCUCAAGUACCUUAUUAAGGGUUAUCCGCUGCCAACGCUUUACUUUGGGAUUGCCAAUGUUGUUGCCAAUGGGCUGGUUAUGCUUAGCUCGAUUGUCCUAUGGGUCUCUCAGAACAUCGAAGAUGACUACACAUACAACCUACAACUCUAG